AUGGCAUAUUCAAAGAUAUUUUCAGGAGAUUUACCUGAAUUAUUAAAUGAAAUUAUACAAUAUUUUCAUCAUGAUUAUAAAACAUUACAUUCAUGUAUAUUGGUUAAUAGAUUAUGGUGUCGUUUAGCAAUUCCAUUAUUAUGGGAAGACCCAUUUUCAAUUCCUACCUUAAAUUGUCGUUUUAUUGAUAUUUAUUUAUCUUAUUUAAAUGAAGAUUGUAAAUUAAAAUUAAAUGAAUAUGGAAUUAAUAAUAAUUUAUUUCCUUCAAAUACAUUCUUUAAUUAUCCAAGUUUUAUUCAACAUUUGGAUACACGUAAAAUUAGUAAUUCUAUCGAAAAUUGGGUGGCACAAUUAAGUUAUUCAAUACAAAAUAAUAAUUUACAAAUAACAAAUUUCACAAAAUUAAUUUAUAGUUCACUUUUUUUAAUAUUCAUUGAAAAUGAAGUAAAAUUACGUAGUUUGGAAGUUUCAUUACUUUCACAUCAAGUUUGUGAAUAUUUUGAUGAAGCAUUUGAAUUAAUCUUAAAAAAUCCAAAUUUCAUUUGUGAUAUCAAAAAUUUGAAAUUAGAUUUUAUUAUAACAGCUGAAACUAUAACAAAAUUAUUAUUAUUUCUCAAUUCUAAUUGUAAUUCAAUUUCUUCACUUUAUUUUUUAUUUCCAUCAUAUUACAAUAAUUAUCCAAUAAAUGAAAAAAGUUUAUCCCAAAUUAUUGAUUCUCAAGAAAAUCUCAAAAAAAUUUUACUUGGUUAUAAUAAUUUUCCUUUAUAUCACUCAUUAUUAUCAUUAAAGAAUUCUAAUUGUUCAAAUACAUUAAAUACAAUUGUAUUUUAUUAUAUUGAUUUUAAUAAUAUAAUUGUUUUUAAUGAAGUAUUUAAUCAAUUGAAUGUUUUAGAAUCAAUUCAUAUUAUUUAUUGUCAUUCUUUAGAUAUUAAAUUUAUUCAACAAAUUAUUAAUAUUACUAAACCAUUUAAAUUAAAAUCUUUAUUUUUAAAUGAAUUAUUAAAUAUUGAAUCAUUAAAAUUAUUAAUACAAAAAUUUGGUAAUAAUUUAGAAGAUUUUGGAAUUUGUAUAAGUAAUAUAACAGAUAAAUCACAACAAUUAAUUCAAUUAUUUGAAUCAGUUUUAAAAUAUUGUCAAAAAAUUAAAUUUUUAUAUUUACCUGUUGGUUUAAAUAAUCAGAAUAUUAAUUUAUUAUUCAAUUUAAUUGAUAAUAUUAAACAAAAUCUUAAUUAUCUUAGAAUUGAUGCCCUUGAUUAUGAUAAUCAUUUUAGUUCAAAUAUAUUACAAAAUUUAGGAAAAAUUCUUCCUUUAAAAUUAGAAUAUUUAAAUUUGGGUCUUGUAAUUAAUAAUUAUGGAAAUGAUUUAGAAGUAUUUUUAAAAAAUUCUCAAAAUACUUUUAUUAAAAAAUUAUUAAUUAGAAAUAAAAAGGAAGAUGAAAGUGAUGAUAUUUUCCCUUAUAUAAGAGAAUAUAUUAUGAAAAAGAAAAGAGUUAAAUAUUUGGCUAUUUUAGAAACUAUUGAUGAAAAAUGUGAAGAUUUAUUUUCUUUAAAAGAUAAAGUAAAGGAAUUAGAAUUAUAUGAUAUUCAAGUUUUAUAUUAUUAUAAUUUAUAUAUUGAUAUUUAUUGUUUUGUAAAAGAAAAUUAUUUACAGUAA